CGGACCCGGGCGGCCAGCGCAGUGGGCGGGCCUGGCGGCGGCGGCGCUGCGCUUUCGAGGCGGCUGGAUAGCAGCGGCGCCGGGACCGAGUGGGCUGCGGAAGCCUCAGGGGAACCGGUUCGGGAGCCAGAGGGCUGUGGCCCGGAGCAGCCCCUUCGCGCGGCGCCGCACUCCCGGGGCAGCGGCGGGCGUGGAGCUCGCAGGUGAACUGCGGUGGCACACCCAGGCGUGGCGGUGAGGGCGGCAGUUUAGAGUGGGGGCAGGGGUGGACCUGGGAGCAGCCCGGGACCGGAGAGGUAGCCCGAGCUCGGCCAUCUCCAGCCAUGUCCGACGAGACGUCGGCCACCACUUCGUACGAGAAGUUUCUGACCCCCGAGGAACCCUUCCCGCUUCUGGGACCCCCUCGCGGGGUGGGCACCUGCCCAAGCGAGGAGCCUGGCUGCCUGGACAUCAGUGACUUCGGCUGCCAGCUGUCUUCUUGCCAUCGUACCGACCCGCUCCACCGCUUCCACACUAACAGGUGGAACUUAACUUCUUGUGGAACAAGUGUUGCCAGCUCAGAGUGCAGUGAGGAGCUGUUUUCGUCAGUUUCUGUUGGAGAUCAAGAUGAUUGCUAUUCCCUCUUAGAUGAGCAAGACUUCACUUCUUUUGACUUAUUUCCUGAGGGGAGUGUCUGCAGUGAUGUCUCUUCUUCUAUUAGCACAUACUGGGAUUGGUCAGACAGUGAGUUUGAAUGGCAGUUACCGGGCAGUGACAUUGCCAGUGGGAGUGAUGUACUUUCUGAUGUCAUACCCAGUAUUCCAAGUUCACCUUGCCUGCUUCCUAAAAAGAAAAACAAGCACAGGAAUUUAGAUGAACUUCCUUGGAGUGCAAUGACAAAUGAUGAGCAGGUGGAAUAUAUUGAGUAUCUGAGUCGUAAAGUCAGUACUGAGAUGGGUCUUCGGGAGCAACUUGAUAUUAUUAAAAUAAUUGAUCCUUCUGCUCAAAUCUCCCCUACAGACAGUGAGUUUAUUAUUGAACUUAACUGUCUCACAGAUGAAAAACUGAAGCAGGUCAGAAACUAUAUUAAGGAACAUGGCCCUCGCCAACGACCUGGAAGAGAGGCCUGGAAGAGAAGCAACUUUAGUUGUGCAAGCACCAGUGGAGUGAGCGGUGCCAGUGCCAGCAGCAGCAGUGCCAGUAUGGUCAGUUCUGCAAGCAGCAGCGGGUCCAGUGUUGGAAACUCUGCUUCAAACUCCAGUGCCAACAUGAGUCGAGCACACAGUGACAGCAACUUGUCUGCAAGUGCAGCAGAGCGGAUUCGGGAUUCAAAAAAGCGAUCCAAGCAGCGGAAGUUGCAGCAGAAGGCCUUACGCAAGAGGCAGCUGAAAGAGCAGAGGCAGGCUCGGAAGGAGCGGCUCAGUGGGCUCUUUCUUAACGAAGAAGUGCUGUCCUUGAAAGUGACUGAGGAAGACCACGAAGCAGAUGUAGAUGUUUUGAUGUAAUAAGGGUGAAGUUAUCGGCAUUCUUUCCAAGCAAUAUUUGUUUACAUGCAUCUUGACCAAGCUUUUGGUUAGGGCUGUGCUGAUGUACCAUUAAUAAUUUAGGCCAGUGGUUCUCAGCAGGUGGUCCCUGGAUUAUGGUCUUCAGCAUCACUUGAGAAGUUGUUAGAAAUGCAUACUAUUGGGCCCCAUCCCAGACCUAGCAAAUCAGAAACUCUGGGGGAGAGGCCCAACAUUUUAUUGUAACAGGCACCAGGUUAUUCUAUCCUGCAUGCUAGUUUUAAGAACCACUGAUUUAGUAAAUGUUUUGACUAUUUAAACUUUAGGAUGGUUAAGUAGGCUUGUGCAAAUAUUAGUAAUUUUAAAGGUUAGAAGAUUUCAAAGUACUGCUGACAAGUAGUUUAUUAUGUCCAUAUAUGUAUAUGUGUAGAGAUCAUAAUUCAAUUUCCUUAAACGUUUUCUAAAGGGCCAUAGCAUAAUUCUCAAUUUCUUGUGGAAGUCUUUUUUUUGAGGUUUUGGGGAUGUAGUGUGGAUUGCUAUAUACAAUAGUGCCUUCAUUAGGUUUACUUCAUUAUUAACCCAAAAGUGUAAGACCAGGCCCUACUAUCUUUCCUGUUAAGUUUGUUUUUUCUUUUCACUUUAUGUACAUUUAGAAUUCUUUUUGUAAGUGAUGACUACUGAGGAAAUAGUGUUACUAACAUCUGAAUUUUAGACUUGAUGCUGUGUUCAUUAAUAUUCAAAUGAGAAAGCAAUUGAACAAAAUAACCCAUUCUACUCUUUUACUGCUUUCUAAAGUUUUAGACUGUGAAACUGUCUUAAAGGCAGAAAAUAUCUCUUAAUAUCUUUUUGUGGGUCAUUUUUUUUUUUCCAGCACAGCUCUAAUGUUUAAAUAUUUGGUACAACAGCUUCUGGCAUGUGAACAGGUUAAUGUUCAAAAGUAACUAAAGGAAACCCUUACAGUUCUGCUAACCUUCCCUAUAAAUCUUUAAAAUGCACAGAGCAGUGAGAUAAUAGGAAAAACAAAACAAAAAACCUUAGCUUGUUGGCGGUUAAAAUAGAACUAAUUUUAGAUAUGAAAUCAUAGAGUUUCUUUAAUGCUUUUAUGGAGAGUUUGUUAUGAACAUUUGUAGUAGUGUGACUCCUUUUCUUCUACCACACAUCUUUAAUCAUUCAUAUGGAUUAAAGAAGUUGGAAACUGAUACUACUGACAAUCAAGCUGCUUUCUGAUUUUCAUAAUUUUUAUUUUAUUGUAGAUAACUUUUGAAAGGUAAUUGUGAUACUAUAGGAGUUGCAGUCAAUAUCUGUAAAACUAGAGUCAGAGGUUGAUGGGAAUUUCUACUUUUUUUAAACUUAUUAAUUAUACCAAGUAACUUGUUAAGAUAAAGAUUAAUGACUUAAAUUCUUAAUUUAAAAUUCUUAAUCUAAAUAUAAAGGCAUAACCUUUGCUUUGAAAAUUUGAUUUCAUUUUGGUUCCUUGAAGGUUAAAGAAUUGAAACUGAGGGUAAAAAUUGAUAUAUUGCAGCUUUGCUGAAGCCUGUAAUUUUUUUGAAGACACGACCAUUAAAUUCAUACGUUAAAAUGUUACUAAAAUUUAAAAAGUGUAUAUGUAUAUAUUUUUUAUCAGUUGGAAUAGUCUCUCUGACUUUCCUCUUACCUCCUCUUUGGUGCUUCUAACCAGAUUAGAGGGCCCAGCGAGAGUUUGGGGAUAGACCCAAAGAAUACUCUGAGGAAGGUGGAAGGGUCAACCUCCUUGUGUUUUCCUUUCCAAGUAUAGGGAGAGUAAAUGGAGAGAAGAAUAAAUACAGCUGAAUUCUCCAUUUGCUCUUAGCAAAAGCAAAUUCCAGAGAAUGAUUGUUCUCUUUAUCUACUCUUCAAGGAAAACAGGCCCUUUUUGGAGACCACAGAGCAGAAUUUAUCUGUUAAAUACUUCGAAACAGUUUACUUGACCAGUAAAAGAAAAUCCUAAAUAGGGUUGUGAUGUAAUAAGACUAAUUCCUCUACUCUCCCAACAAUCACAUUGUCUUAUUACCUUAGAUUUAAUGUAGGUCACUAUUAAACAAGUUUACCAAAGCACCACAAAGCCAAUUUUAAAAGUAUAUAAAGGCUUGAGAGUUUAUGGUAAAGUGUGCCAUGAAAUUUUGUGUAAAUCUAGAUGAACUCUCUUUGUGGUACUAUAAAUUAAAGAUAACUCAUAAAGUUGGUUUGGAGGAGAUUGAAAUACUUCCUCUGAGUAAAGGAAAAAAGUACAACUUGGGUUUGCUUAUGAUUAAAGAGGGAGAUUACAGUGUUCUCCAUCCCCCUUCAAAAAAACCCAGGAGAAUAAGACAAAAAGUCUUUGUUAACAUGCUAUAUUCUUGUUCUGUUUUAAUGCCUUAUGUAGAUAAGUUUGAAUUACUUCUUUCUUGGAAUAAGUAACAAUUUAUUCAAUCUGGUAUAUCUCUUGAGUUCAAUUCAAAAGAAACCCAACUCUUUUUUUUCUUUUUUCUUAUAAGCCCUAACUAAGCCUUGUUAAUGGAGAACAUGAUAAAGUCCCCUCAGAUUUCCCAGAAACAUUUUAUUAGAGAUCUUUUAUGUAUGUCAAUUAAAUCUCAAUAAA